AUGCUGAAAUCAUCCGCCUCACAACCAGUUCUACGUGUCCUGACCUCAUGGCAACCGUACAUCCCUUCGGCCAUCAUUUUGGGUAUGAUCGCGAUAAUAUUCGGUAUCACUCGUCUUGUGAAGGAGACCCAUAGAGGACGUAUAGCAUCAAGGCUCAAUCAGAAGAAGUCGGACCAUCGUAUUGAGCAAUCCCCUCGUCGUCAUGACGCUCAACUUGACAUCCUACAGCCGAAAAUCACACCUACAGCUGAGCCAGAUCAGAAAUCACAUCUAGCUACCUUUCCCGAUCUCGCUCGAGUAGCGGAUGUGGCUAGUGAGACGGACAGGCAUCGUCUGAUCAAGGACAAGGAGUUAUAUUGGCAGUUGCAGAAUCUGGAGGAUCAUCGGGAAGGAGUACUACAGGAAGCUCGUGCACGACUGGUCGGGCUAUUUGACCAGACGUUAGCUGAAUCUUUCAACAAUCCCUCCGACACUAUCCUGUCUUUGCGUACAUUUGAUUCAUCUUCUCUCCGAACUUUCCUUCAGAAAUCACACCGGUCGGCUGCAAACCGCUAUGAAACGUAUCUCGGCAGGCGCAGAGCGGGUGGCCCUAGAGAGAUGUUUCCUACAAGGGAGUACGCGCUAGAAUGGCUCAGAUUGGCGGGUGUGGUCAAGUACGUGGAUGGAAGCUGGCUGGGGGGUAUACUGGGAGUAGGGACCGGAAGAGCAGCAUGUCUGGGCGAGCCAAGAGAUAACGCAGACGGGAAGAUAAGAAAUGGGAAUCUGGAAAGAUUAGUUAGUAAGAUGGCUUGGCAAGUGAUUUCAGAAGAAUUCGGAGAUGGAGAUUUGCAGAAGAAUCAUGUCUAUCUCUAUGAGAAACUCCUCAACGAUAUUAAAGCUGGUUCUCUUCAGGCCAAUGGAUCGACUGCUCCAGGACAUGUGGAAGGAUUCGAUUGGCUUAGAGACGAUCAGGGAGUGCUUAGAUGUUGGGAAGCGGCGGUGGCACAGCAGUAUAUUGGUCUUUUGGCAUCGACAAGAGAAUUCUUCCCUGAAGCUUUGGGCUUCAAUAUGGCCUACGAGUCGCUACCAUACCAUUUACUGGUCAGUGCGAGAGAAUUGAAAGAACUGAACAUCGAUAAUUACUAUUUCGCGAUUCAUGUUACUAUCGACAACGCCGAUUCGGGUCACUCUGCCAUGGCUCGUAUGGCCGUUGAGAGAUACCUCGAAGGAAUAAGAGAGAGGGAUGGCGAGGAAGCUAUGGAGAAUGUAUGGAGAAGAGUUCAAACGGGCUAUAUCCUUGCUGAAGGGCUGCCGACGACCCCGAGUGGACCCGUCGAAUUCGAGUCUACGGUAGGUGCAGGCGGAGCGACAUUUUGGCGACCUCGCAAAUUCCCGGAUAGACCUCCUACACCGGCUGAAGCUAGAUUGGUGGAUGUGAUCAUGCGAAAAGCAGGAGCAGCGGAGAAAAUGCACUGUACAUCAAGGAUGAAAAUCGGUAAUUUGACCGUAGAAGAAUGGUUAGAACCUGAAACCCUCACCCAAGUAAAAACACUGUCUUUCAUCGAGCGCUGGCGAGUAAAUGACCUUUUGUCAGGCCUGGAGAACCAUCGCGGAGUCGGUUUAUGA